AUGUGUAAUGGCAACAACAAGAGCUACCAUGGUUUGCAGUACUGGGCCAUCCGACCACCCAACAACUAUCAAUUGCUUUUGAUGCCUUCUCAUGUGCUUGAUUUGUUAGCACCGGCUACGCACAUCGGAUAUCAUUACGAGCAGCAAAACAACUCUUCACUCCUCGAGCAUCGAUUGUUCAAUGCCUAUCCUCUGCCAAUCAGCGCAAAGAAGGAUGCGCUCAAAGGGCCACCGCGCCACUCUGAGAGCUUAUUGCGAAGCUUCCCAUGCCUAACUUUGCUCUGGUUCCUGCUGGAGUUUGUGUUGAUCGUCGGCUUUAGCAAUCCGAAUUCCGGACCAACAAACUCGUAG